AUGGAUUUCGCGGCGCUCAUGUCCAAGGAGCUGGACAAGUCAAAAGAGUCGACGCCGGCCUCCUCCUCAUCGAAAUACAUUAAGCGCGCCGACGUCGAAGCGAAGCGCAGGGAGGAAUACCUCGCAGAACAAGCCCGCAUCGAGGCCGAGCGGGAAGCCAGGGUCGCCGCGAAGCGCAAGCGUGAGGAGGACGAGGCAACGGAGAAGAAGAUCCGCGAAGAAAAACGUCAAAAGCUCGCCGAGGAAUCACGGCGGCGGCGCGAGGAGAAAGAAGCCGAGGAGGAGCGCGCCCGACGCAAGCGGUUGGGCCUGCCGGAGCUCGUCAAGGCCAGCAGCGAGGACGUCGCCGAGGUCGAGGAUGGCAUGGAGGACAUACCUGACGAGGAGCUUGCGGGCAAGCUGCGCGCGCUGGGCGAGCCGGCCACGCUCUUCGGCGAGGGACACGUGGCGAGGCUGAGGAGGUACCGACGGCUCACGACGGUGGUCACAAAGGGCCCCAUCCCGACAACGCUGCAGCUGGUCGAGGAGAAGGACAUGAAGGUCGACGGCGCGGUGCCCAAGGACAAGGAGGGACGGAAAUGGCUGUUCAGGCAGCUGGCAUCAUACUUUACCAUGGUCCUGACCGAGUACGAGAAGGCCAUGGAGCAGGAGCGCCGCGACACGACGGCGAGCAAGACGGCCUACAGCGCCAUGGUGCAGAGUCGCGAAAACCUCAAGCCGCAUACUGACGCAGUCUAG